CAUCCUAUAAAAUUUUAAUAUAAACAGUCCCUUCUUUUUCAUCGCCAUUUGGCAUUCACCAACAGAGAAUUCCCUGUUCUUCUGUUUCAAAGUAGUUCAGAUUUCCUCUGACCGCCAUUUUUACACCUUGAGAUUGGUUUACAGAGGGUUUUUUUGUGCGUUCGUAGGCGGCGGCGAUGGAUUUGAGCCGGCGGAGAGCGGCGGUGGCAAGGGGGAACGUGGUGGCGGGGUCUGUCUGGGAAAGCAGAAUCCGAUUCGAUGAAGUCCGUGGUGGGAUUAGGGUUUUCAAUGGAGACGAUGAAACCGUCGAAUGUAGGGUUCCGGCCGCUACCGUCGGGAGUGCAAGGAGGAAGACGUGGAAAUCCGAUGAGGGUUUUAACUCGAUUCAAAUCGCCGAGGAAAAACCAGAAUCACCGAGUAGCGGCGAUGAACAGAAUCGGAAAACCCCGAUUCCGUCUCGGAGAUUGAGAUCCAACAACAGUCCAAACAAACCGGUACGAAUAACAGAGAGAAACUCAACGAGGAAGAAAAUCGAUCAGUCUCGAAAAUCGGCCGUCGGGAUUACCAAACCGCCGACGAACACAAACGGAAUCAGAAAAAUCUCCCCGGAUAAGACGGUUUCAUCUCCUCCACCUCAAGAUUUCUUCGAUGCAUUCGAAGAGAUUAAGAACGAAAGCUUCGACGUUAAGGAAAUCAAUUUUCCAGCCCAAGAAAUUUUCCCGGGAAACAAACAGAAAUUACAGAGACUAAUGGAUUUGAUAAUGUGGAGGGAGUUUUCAAGAUCCGCCAUGGCAUUUGGAGCUGGGAAUUUGGUUAUAGCCCUCUCUUAUUUCAUCAAGAACAUGAACAUCAGCUUUAUCAGUAUGAUUUCGCAUAUGGGUCUUGUUUAUCUGGCUGCCAUUUUCGUCCAUAGCUCCAUUUUUAGCAGGGGAAAUGGAAAGGGAAUCGAUAGUGAUGAUGAACAUUGUGUGGUUGAAGAAGAAGUGAUUCGAUUGGUUAGAGGGUUUGUUCCUUUCGUGAAUGAAUUGCUGCAAAAUCUCAAGCCUCUGUUCCAUGGAGAUCCUUCUGCAACUUUGAAGAUGGGCGUACUGCUGUUCGUGUUGGCAAAGUGGGGCAGCUUCAUCACCUUUUGGAAUAUCCUCCAAUGCGGAUUCGUUGCGGUUUUCACCCUCCCCAAAUUAUUUACCCACGGAGAACAUUGGUUGAGGCUUUGUGGGAGUUCUUGGCAGCUGAGUUCCCACAAGAAGGGAAUGAUUGUUGCUAUCUUCCUUAUGGUAUGGAACUUCUCUUCGAUUCUAUAUCGCGUUUGGGCAGCUUUCAUAGCGUUUGUGAGCUUUCGCUACUACCGGGAAUCAUUAGGGAGAGAUGGUUGGGUUAAAAAUGGAGAAGCAGCUCGACAUAACGACACGGUUUCGGGUAAGUUCAAAGCUUGAGAGAUAAUUUUGAUCAAUUUUGAGGCUCUUUUCCUAUGCUUUCUUUUGAGCUAGCUUGAAAAUUACCAUGUAAAUUAAUGGAGUAUGGUAGA